AUGUCGAAUACGAAUGCUAAAGAUAUACGAAAAAACAAGCCGAAAAGAGGAACCGGCUUCGAUUUACUUGAAGUCACCGAAUCGUUAGGCUACCAGACGCACAGGAAGAAUGGAAGGAAUUCAUGGUCAAAGGAUGACGAUAAUAUGCUACGAUCUCUGGUAAACGAAUCUGCGAAAGAACUCGGUUAUCAAAACGGGCUUGUAGACGUGAAAACAAUACAACAAUCGAACCAUCUUUCUAAAUGCAUAGCUUGGGAUGUUUUGGCAACACGAUUUAAACAUACUGUCAGAACUUCCAAGGAUGUGAGGAAGCGUUGGACAGGAUCUCUUGAUCCAAAUCUCAAGAAGGGUAAAUGGACACAAGAUGAGGAUGAGCAGCUUUUGAAAGCUUAUGAGGACCACGGGCCUCACUGGCUGAGCAUCUCCAUGGAUAUUCCCGGUAGAACUGAAGACCAAUGCGCGAAACGAUAUAUAGAAGUCUUGGGGCCCGGAAGUAAGGGAAGGUUGAGAGAGUGGACACUGGGGGAGGAUUUGAAUCUGAUAAGUAAAGUAAAGGCCUAUGGUACGAAAUGGAGGAAGAUAUCGUCGGAGAUGGAAUUCAGACCAAGUUUGACUUGUAGGAACAGAUGGCGGAAGAUCAUUACUAUGGUAGUACGAGGACAGGCAUCCGAGAUAAUAACCAAGGCCAUAAAAGAAAACAAGAACAUAGAUAUGACAGACGGAAAACUCCGACAACAACCCAUUGUUGAUGCGGAUAUAGGAUCAGAGUCCACCCUUAUUAACGAAGAACAGUCGCAGCUAUCUCAACAGAAUAACGCUUCAUUAAUAAAGCAAGAUAUAUUGCAUCCUAAAGAGAACGAACCAAGCAAACUACCAAAACUAAAGGAAAAUGAUGAAGAUAAUACAGGCAGUAACAAGCAACAAGCAUUGCCUUCCUUAAGAGAUAUUUCCGUACCUCCACCAAUUAGAAUGAUGCAAGUUAGUCAGCCCCCCACAAGCAGUAGUAGAAGCAAGGCCCCCCUGUCAAUUGAAGAGUUUUCUCCAAUCGAUAACCAAAGCUCUGGAGGGAUUCCUGAUAGUCCGCAGACUACCCUUCCCCCCACAUUCAACCCAGCAUCUCUCGAUGAGCAUAUGAUGAAUGACACUGGCAUGGCAGAUUCUCCCAAACAUAACUACUCUAUUAUUAAAACAAGAGAGCCGAAUUCCUCUAGCACUCAAUGGAAAUUUACCCUUAAAGAUGGACAAGGUUUAUCAAUCUCGAAUGGAACUAUCGACAGCACAAAAUUAGUAAAGGAGCUAGUCGAUCAAGCUAAAAAGUAUUCCUUAAAAAUAUCAAUACAUCAGCAUAUUCAUAACCACUACGUCACAUCCGCAGAUCAUCCUGUCAACACUAGUACCGGUUUAACAAAUACUGGUAAUAUUAAUGAAAAUUCGUUACCAAUUGAUAAUUUUCCUCCUAUGGGUAGACAGUUGGGAAAUGGUCUUUCAGGUUUGAGUUCAACCAAUGAUACUUUUAACCCAGAAUACAGAGCUUCGCUCGACAAUAUGGAUAGUGAUUUCUUGUCAAGAACGCCUAAUUAUAAUGCAUUUAGUUUAGAACCAACUUCGCACAACCCCACUGAUAACCCCAAUGAGCUUGGCUCGCAAAGUAACAGGGGAACGAAUAGUCCGUCGGUAUUUUAUCCUCAGGCAAACGCAUUGAUACCAACUAACCCUAACGCUGCUAACGGUGAAAUUAACUCGGAAAACGUUAGUGCCAAUAGCAUGUCACCGAACUAUAAUGGAACUAAUGGUAGGGCGCCAAGCUCCACAGCUUCAUAUACAACAAGCGGUUCAGAAAUGCCACCUGACGUGGGACCUAACAGAAUAGCACAUUUCAAUUAUCUACCUCCUACCAUACGACCUCAUUUGGGCUCCUCAGAUGCGACAAGGGGUGCUGACUUGAACAAAUUACUUAAUCCAUCCCCAAACUCAGUGAGAAGCGGUGGCAGCAAAACUCAGAAAAAGGACAAAAAAAAAGGUGAAUCUACUGGACAUCAUUCUUCGUCCUCUUUGACAACCAACAAAUUCAACAACAUCGAUCAAUCAGAAACAUCGAGAACAACAUCGAGAUCCGAUACUCCACUAAGAGAUGAGGAUGGUUUAGAUUUCUGGGAAACUUUGAGGUCCUUAGCCACUACGAACCCAAAUCCUUCUGUGGAGAAGCCUCCUAAACAUAAUGAAGUCACAUCUCAUGUGGUACACCAAGGUAUCCCACCACAUACAGGGGAUAGAGGCUUAGAUUCUCGUAGUGGGGGAUACGAUUUUUUUAAUGAGUUGUUGGACAAGAAGGCGGAUACGUUAGAUAACAAAGCUGAGAAGAAAAUGGAUCACGAUAUGACGUCAGGAGGUUCCACUGAUAACGGGUCAGUUCUUCCAUUGAAUCCAAGCUGA